CAUCUUAAACAUGUGGAAUUCUAUUCUUCAUUAGGUUUGAGGCAACGGCAUGUAGCGUAUUAUGCCCCUGCGAAAAUGAGCCGAAGGGUGGUUCUCAAGGAAUGUAGCUCUAUAGGAAGUAGGAGAUAUGCAGAGACAAAAGCAAUGAGGGUUGACACUGAACCGUGUGAGAGAACAAAUGCUCUUAAAUCAACGUCUAAUCGUGUCAUCUUCCAAUCUACAGAAUGCAGAAUGAUGGUUGCAUCUGCUUCUGCGUCACAUCGGGCCGAACCCGAGCUCCAGAAGGACCCUUUGCUCCAGCUGGUCUCUCUUCAGAAGGCAGUGGGAUGCUGGGAGCUGAACGCUGCGCUGGCUGGUGUGUUUGGGAAGACGGAGGACGAGGUGACCAAUCACAGACCAGCACAGGUGGAUGGGUCAGUGUGGGCCACCGUCCUCGCUCUCAUCUGGUUAUACUCGUAUAAACUCGAUCAGCAGGUGGAGUGGCAGUUUGUGGCCAUGAAGGCGGCGUCAUGGAUCCGCUCUCAGAAACCGGGCGGUCUGUCUCAGUGUGUGUGUGACGGGAACCUCCUGCUGGGAUCUCAGGUGACUGAAGACACGCUGGGAGUCUGAAGACUGAAGAAUCUUGAGAAGACCAAAGAUCUCUCUCUUAAUCAUAAACAUCUGCGUGUCUGUUUUCUAGGGUAACAUCUAAACAUAUCUUAACAGAAUAAAACAUUUCUUUUUGUAUCAGUAUUUUUUAAUAUGUGUAAGCGUUAGGACUUUUCCUAAAUUCAUUGCUUUAAAUCUAAUGAUCUAAUCUUAUGGUACCUUGUGUCUUGAAGUCACUGAAUCAGGAUUUCUGUCUGAUCCUGACUCUGUGUGUGUUGUAGUGAGCAGAUUGUGUCGGUGUGUCUUUACCAAACUGUGUUAUUAAAGGUGCAGUAAGUCAAGUCACCUUUAUUAAUAUAGUGACGUAACACGUCCUGUAUGUUGAUCUUCUGUUCGUCUUCAUUCUCUCAUUAAUGAUCACUGUCUGUAAACAGAAGUCAGUCUAUAGAUGUUCUAACAGUGAAUAAAGAUUAUUACGCUGCGUCAGGUUCAAACUGAACACGCUUUUGGAUUCAAUGUGACUUUAAAUCUCUUGUCUUUAAUGAACGUCUUUUUUCAUCCCACUUUUGUUUGUUGCGUUACUCCAUCCAUGAUUUACAUAUCAUUCACUUAGAGUAUAAUUAAUCAAUCAGCUUUCCCUUAAUUGUGUCAAUUAUCUGGUGUCUCCAAUUAGUGUCUUGAACCACGUAUAUAUGCAGGUGAUUUAUAAGGUUUAAAGCCUGAAGAUUGUGCAAGAUGGUCUGAAAUAUUAGCAGAAAUUUUUUUAUUUUCUUUUUUUUUUUUUUUUUUUUUUUUUUUUUUUUUUUUUUUUUUUUUUUU